AUGGCAAUCCGCUCCCUACUCUCUGCGGCAUUCGCUGUCCUGGUUUACAGUACCAACGCUGGUGCUUACAAUGGAGUAACAUGCCCUGGUGCUAAGUGCCCUGCCGCAGUUGGAGAUACGAUUGAACGUUUAAGCGCUCAAUUAAAACAUUCGCAUCUGCCUGACGACCCAAAAGUUGCGCCCUAUAGGAAAGUGAAUUUCCAGCAGGAGGCGACCUGUUGGAGUUUGUCGGGUAGAUGCAAUCCUACGUCCUUUUACGAAUACCAACGGAUGGUUAAUACAACAAAAAUUGACAUUGUCGCAAUCGCCUACUCUGAGAAUAUCGACAGCAUCACUGGUUCCUCAGGAGAUACUACAAUCAUAAUAGAAAGAAAACACGCACUUACGCACUCCGUUCAGACAGGCUGGUCCAUUUCAGCCAGGGUUAAUCCAGCGAUGGUCAUCGAAAUUGGUGAGAGCGACAGUGCACAAGAUACAGAGUCGGAAACUCGCGAAAUUAAUAUUAUGAAGGAGAUGCCCUUGUCCAAGGAUAGCAUCAUCGGUUAUAAUACUUGGACUAUAUUUGCUAAUAUAUCUGGAACUUGCCAAGUUGAGCCAAUCAUAAAUUGUGCUGGCGAGAGGGACGCAUGCGAAGGAUUUCAACCUGACAGAAGUUUCUUCGAAAAAGUAUUUUCGCUAGAGGAAGAUCCUCCUAACGCCUUGCGAAUUCAGGACUCAUGUGAUCAGUUCAGGGAUUACAAGGCGAAACAUUGCAGUGCCGGCCACUACGAGUCGAUACCUUGCGUCGUAACAACGCCAUUAUAUAAAGUUGACGGCCAGCCAUGGACAGUUGGGUCCGUGCAUAGAGAGAGAGCAGCAAAGCCGGUAGGCCGAAGAACGUUCGUGUUCGAAACGGUCUUUGAAUAG